AUUCUGGGUCUGUGUUCUCUCCUCAGGUCUUCUCUGGGUCUCGGGCUGAUCAUGGCGGCCGGCGUAAUACUCGGGAGCUAUCUGAUGGUGUUGGCGGCGCUCAGUCCUUGUCCUCCAUUGGUUGGGAGCACAGCGGGGAUUGUGCUGGUGGUCCUGGCCUGGUCCCUGUUCCUGGGACUUCUCUCCUACCUGAAGGUGGUGAUAGGAAGCCUCCUGCAUGAAGCCGGCCAUAGCGCCCUCCUGUGGUGCGGAGCGGCCAUCCAGGUGGGCUCUCUGAUUGGUGCCUUAUUGAUGUUCCCGAUGGUCAGCAUCUAUCACCUGUUCCACAGCGGGAGGGACUGUCAGGACAACUGCGCCCUGUGAGGACCACCGCGCCCCGUGAGGACCACCGCGCCCUGUGAGGACCACCGCGCCCUGUGAGGACCACCGCGCCCCGUGAGGACCACCGCGCCCUGUGAGGACCACCGCGCCCCGCGACGACCACCGCGCCCCCCGCUGUGCCUUCAUUCCUGCGCCCACCUUCUUUUAUAUCAUUAAAUUUGAUCUUUUCCACAACC